UCCCCCCUCCUCCUCGGUCCCAGCCCUGGUUCCUUCCGCCGGCUGCGGUCUGCCCGUCCCGGGGCUCCGCCAUGGAUCUGUUCGGGGACCUGCGGCGCAUGAACAAGCGGCAGCUGUAUUACCAGGUCUUAAACUUUGCCAUGAUUGUGUCCUCUGCCCUUAUGAUAUGGAAGGGGCUGAUCGUGGUUACUGGAAGCGAGAGCCCCAUUGUCGUGGUGCUCAGUGGCAGCAUGGAACCAGCUUUCCACAGGGGAGACCUGCUCUUCUUAACUAAUUUCCAUGAUGACCCGAUCAGAGCUGGUGAAAUAGUUGUUUUUAAAGUUGAAGGCAGAGACAUUCCAAUAGUUCACAGAGUAAUCAAAGUACAUGAAAAAGGAAAUGGGAACAUCAAAUUCCUGACUAAAGGUGAUAAUAAUGAAGUCGAUGAUAGAGGCUUGUACAAAGAAGGUCAGAACUGGUUAGAGAAGAAAGAUGUUGUUGGAAGAGCAAGAGGGUUUUUGCCUUACGUCGGGAUGGUGACUAUAAUAAUGAAUGAUUAUCCCAAAUUUAAGUAUGCUCUGCUGGCUGUCAUGGGAGCAUAUGUACUGCUGAAGCGUGAAUCCUGAAACAAAGGUCACUUUGUUCCUGCAGAAGUCCAGAGUUAAAUAUCACUAAUAUAUUUCAGAUCAUUGCUGUAUACAAACUGUGCAAGCUUCUGUCCUGUCUGAAUAAACUGAUGAGUAAA